AUGUGCAGACAGAUGGCCUACAGGGGGCGCCGCAAGGGACGAAUUGGCUCUGACACAUUGUCCUCCAGCAGAGUGUGUGAGUGUGUGUGUUUUCACGAGUCUGAUAUCGUGAGUGACCUUGUGGUCCACGGUGUCGGUCAGGGGGUCGACCCGAUCACGCUGACCGGGUCUCGGUGGUCGCUGCGUAGAGGUGGUGGUGGGCUGUGGACAGUGGCAGGCCCCGGGGUGGGAGCGUGGCCAUGGGGGGGCCGCAUCCCGUCCUCCACCCUGCACCGGGACAGGCGCUGGGGCUGGGGGCUCUGGGGCGGGAGUUCAUCCAGGGUCCCCCCGAGGGUCUCCGAGCUCAGGCCGUGGCUGAGCGGGGGCACGCCCGCAGGAGGCGGAGGUAGCACUGUGGCUGGAGGCGGCGGGGCGGAGAAAGGAGGCACGGCGAGAUGCUCCCGCAGGGUCUGGGUUCUCCUCGGCUCACUGGCUCUCAUCUUCCUCACCUCUCUCUUCUUCUCCGUCUCGCUGCGCGGGGGCGUCGGCUUCAACUACCUGGAGCCGCCUGGGUGGGAGGAGUCGAGGCGGGUGAAGCUCGUGCCCAGCUACGCGGGCGCACGCAGGCCGUCGCCGGCCGAGACCUCGCAGCCCAAGACGUGCGCCUGCCCGCGCUGCGUCGGAGACCCCGGCGUCUCGGACUGGUUCGAUGAGAACUACGACCCUGAUAUCUCCCCCGUUUGGACCAGAGACAACAUCCAGCUGCCCUCUGAUGUCUACUAUUGGUGGGUGAUGUUGCAGCCCCAGUUUAAACCCCACAGCAUCCAGCAGGUGCUGCUGAGGUUGUUCCAGGUGAUUCCUGGAAGGUCGCCAUACGGCUUGUGGGAUCCAGGACGCUGCCUGCGCUGCGCCGUGGUCGGGAACUCCGGAAACCUCCGCGGGGCCGGAUAUGGGGCGACCAUUGACGGACACAACUACAUCAUGAGGAUAAACCUGGCCCCCACGGUGGGCUACGAAGAAGACGCCGGCAGCCACACCACUCACCACUUCAUGUACCCGGAGAGCGCCAAGAAUCUGGCGGCCAACGUCAGCUUCGUCCUGGUUCCCUUUAAGACGCUGGAUCUGGUCUGGAUCACCAGCGCUCUGUCCACCGGCCAGAUCCGAUUUACCUACGCUCCUGUGAAGCAGUUCCUCCGUGUAGAUAAAGACAAGGUCCAGAUCUUCAACCCAGCGUUCUUUAAAUACAUCCACGACCGCUGGACCAGGCAUCAUGGGCGCUACCCCUCCACUGGAAUGCUAGUCCUGUUCUUUGCCAUGCACGUCUGCGAUGAGGUGAAUGUGUUUGGUUUCGGGGCAGACAGCAGGGGGAAUUGGCACCACUACUGGGAACAGAACCGCUACUCCGGAGAGUUCAGGAAGACCGGCGUCCACGACGCCGACUACGAAGCCCAGAUCAUCCAACACCUGGCCAAGGCUGGCAAGAUCACUGUAUUCCCUGGGAAAUAACCAGCAGAUCGCCGUGUAUCUAAUGUUCCAACUCUGGUACUGCAACAGACACUAUAGAGGCUGCUUAGAACAUGUUAUAUCCUUGCAUUCUCCUACCUGCACCAGUUUGGGAUCCCAGGUUGAAAUGAAAACCAAAUGCUUGCAGAAAGCGAGCCAAACCCUUCACAGAGUGGUACCAAACAAUGCAAUUCCAUUCACUCCUCAUAUUGGAGAAUUUGCCCACCGGUGGAGGCUCGGAGAACAUGGAGGAACGGGGAGCAGGGAACAUGUAGAUCCUAACAUAGUUAUGCUCACUAGAGAGUCAUUGGCUCUUAGUCUUCAAGGUUGGUUUUACCACUAAUGGCCAGAGAAGAACUACAUAUCUCUUUUCCAGGAGCAGCUUCAACUCAGGAGUGGAAAACAAGCGAACGCUUGUCAGCAGGAAAACACAACCAAUCACAACAAAUACCGACAUUGAGCAGAGAGAGAGAGAGAGAGAGAUACAUCUCACUUCUGGACUCACAUUAGAUGAGUGCCUGACACUCACCCAUUACCACAAACACAGUAUGUGAUCUACUGAAAAGUCCACAGAAACGUCUCCGUCGGCUGUUCUACAGCACCGAGCACAGUGUCUUUAAACCUACAGUUCUUCACCUCCUAAGCACGGCGUACUAUCCUGUAGGCCUGCAGACCAGACUGACACGACGGUCUGAAGUCAAAGUGCUGGUGAACAUUUUGAGACUCGAGGACUAAUCUUCCAUCUUUUUCAGGACCCUGAGCCAUGACUACCUUGAGAAAGAAUUGAUCUUCUCAAGUCCCAUGCGAGGCCGAGUCUCACUCGCCACUAUCACAAGGGUCUUGUCUGACAGUGAUGUGUUGUAAAACGCUUGGUUAUAAGGCCAUAGACGACUGCUGUGACUGUCCUCCACACCUUGCAGCAGACACAGAACGAGAUCAAAGCUUUCGGUCACUGCAGCACGAGCAUGAGACUCGGCGCCUCUCAGCGUCUGUAGAGCCAUCUCACCUGGAUUUAAACACCCCGGCUAGCGUGCUAUAGCCCCCCCUCACAUACAGACACAGGGAGUGUUGGCUGUUACUGUGUGACGCUCUAAUGAGGCCACAGUAUUGGGUCCCCUUCUUUUCACCAUUUACCUCCUCCCCCUGGGCACAAUCCUCCGUCACCAUGGGGUCCAUU